AUGUUUGCCACGUCCAAUCGGGAAUCAAGGAGAUGCCUGAGGACAUUGUGGUUAUUCUUAUUUACAACUCGAGAACAAAUCGUAAGUCAAAUUACGAGCAUGGCGAUGAAUGCUUUAUUCGCUUUUUAUUUUUUCUAUUCCAGGCCUGUGUGUGCCUUCGCCUUCCUAACACAUGAAAUUAUUGUUAUGCCGCACCAAAUCCAAACCGUACACUUCCUUUGCCAUCACACUAAUUCAUCUCUUCGUGGCACGGCUCGAUCCGCUCGUCGUUUCAUCGCUAGACCUCUACUGUGGUUUUUGUAUGCAUAUCUUGAAACCAAAGCGGGGCGUUCCGGUGCCGGAUAGGAGAUGAUAUUGAUAUUACAUCAAUGAAAAUGUUGAACUAGUGCCUGUGCCCUACCGCACAUGUUGCACUCCCUCCUCACAUGGUAGACUACCGUUUCUUUGACUCUAACCAGUACUUUUCUUCAUCAUCCAAGUGGAAUUAUCCUGCUCACCCUCACAGGAUAUUGAAGACAGAGGCUCGAAAAUAAAAAGACUAUUAUUUGACGAGGUUAUGAUUAUCUGGAAAUUAGUUUUGGCCGCGAAGAUGUAGUAUCAGGAACAAAUGUAAUUUGCGUAUUAAAGGUCGAUAAUAUUUCAGAGACCUGACGAAGCACUGAUGAGCAGCACACCGCGUACCAAGUUCUGGAGGAGCAAUUGCGACAGGAUGAUAUGAGGAGGCAGCUAUUUUCAUUCUUCAAAGGGAGUCUGCUGGUGGCCGGUUCUUAGGGACGCCGUAAGUCCUGGGGCAGAACUCCGUUUUUUUAAUUCUCUUCAGCUCAACAUGAUUCGACGUUGCAACCUCUUGCUUUGGAAGGCGGUUCUGUCGUGUGGUAAUUACGCGAAAAAAUAAAAGAUUAUAAUGAUGCUGUCUUUCGCAUCAAAAACUGUUUUGGUUCUCCUCGAUGUUCAUCUCGAAAAAGAAGCAAGUUUUAUUUGAACGAAAAAGUAGAUAAAAGAUAAAGAGGACCUGCUGGCGCAUUUCUCGAGCCUGUAGUUGUUUGUGGAGACAGCUACCAGCGCAAAUGCAUGUGCAAGCGGGUGUAACCUGAGGUAAAUAAAAAUAGUAAUUUAGACUGCUUUAACUUUAUCGUUGACUACGAACAAUUCGAGCAGGACCUUUGACAUUUCUAUCCCAAAGAGAAAGAACGAAGUGAAUGACUCGUGACAAUAACUUCAAAGGUGCCUAUUAGUGGCGAAAAACUAUCAUAGUAAAGCGAGUUGUUCGCGGUACUCAUACUCGUACAGCUUGGCCUUAAGCCGACCUUCGGUUUUUUUUGUUACUUUGUCAGCGCUGCGUGUCCGAGGGACAAGUACAAGAAGACGCCGUCCGAGUGGAAGCAAGGCGGAUGAAUUUGAUUUUUGGAGCUCCUGAGG